CUCCUGUGCUUGGAUGGUAUCGGAGGGCGGGCGGCGCGAAGAGCCGAAAUUGAAAGAUGCGCAGUCGCGGGGCGAGGGGGAGGAGUGGACGCAAACGGAGUCGCGGCUCGCAGCUAGCGAGCAGAGUGCACUGCCGCAGCCUCACGCAAGCCAAACAAAACUUUAGUUAGUAACCUACUUCCGUACGAGCGCCGUGAGCGCGAUACCCGCUCCGCUCGCGCCGCUCCGCUACUAGCUUUAGUACAGUGACGGUUUCAGUGUAACGUAUAUACUUGGUUAAUGAACUCUUUGGUUACGAUUUGGUUUAAUGGACACACAUGUGACCCGUGGACAAGAUUUUUUUGCCAAAAUGUUUUACGGAAGUGCGCCGGCCGAAUGCUGAACCCAGUGCUUAUUGAGAAACUAUGCUGAGAGUUGGUGUGUCCAAAAAUUUUCGCAGGCGUAAAUUAAAAAGGUGAUCGGUGUAUUCAGAGCUAGUUCGAGGGAUGCUCGCGGAGCCCUAGCUGCGCAAGCUGGGGCCCGACGAGGCGCGCGCCGCCUCCGCGCACACGCACCGACUGCACAACAUGACUUCCACAAUGGGAAUAAUGACACUCAGCCGCGGCCCGUGUGACCUUGACAACAUGAGUCUCUUCCAAGACCUAAAACUAAAGAGGCGUAAAGUUGACUCCCGAUGUAGUAGCGAUGGCGAGUCGGCUGCCGACACCAGCACGUCAUCUCCGGACCCGGGCCCGCCCUCGCCGCGCAUGGCCGACGCCGGCUGCAGCACGCCGCCGCACCCGCCGCCCAUGUUCGACGACGGCAGCUCACCCACGCUCACCCCGGCCUGCCACCCCACCGUCAUUCGCUCAGCCCCACCAUACUCCGUCAUCAAGUUCGAAGGAGCCGCCAGCUCCAACAAGUGUGACAAUUCGCAUGCCAUUAAACACGUGGUCACGUCGCCCACGCAACACUCCUCCGUGAAGCUGGAGGGCCCGCCGCCGGAGCCACCGCUCCCGUACAGGCCGCGAGCGCUCGCGCCGCCGCCCGGCGUGCACUCUCCUCUCGCGCCGGGGCCCUGGCCGCCAGCGGCUUGCAUCAACGGCGUCAAGCCCGAACUUAUCGGCGGACACUUUCCGCCACAACCGCAGGAACCCAAGACAGGUGCGCGAGGGCCUGCGCAAUGGAGAGGGGCGCCCGCCGUUAUUAUGGGUGAAUCCGGGGGCGUACGCACAAUGUUCUGGACGCUACCGGCGCCCACUCCCGGGGGUGAGGCAUCUGCGACACCGAGCGGGUCACACACGCCAACACCGCCGGCUCCCGACCCCUCUACAUGCAGCGAGGAAUCUGCAGCUAGGCUGCUUUUGAACCUUGGUGGCGAGUUAAGGCGACAGCGCGGCCCGCCAUUGAACAUGGAACUGUUAUGGGCAGGAGACGUAUCACAGCUGCCAGCUCACCAACAGCUACACGCUCUGAACCUGAGUGCGGCGGCAGGCAACACGGCCGGAGCUUCAGGCGCGCCAGCCCCAAGCCCACACUCUAUGCCUCGUCCGGAACUACGCGCCUACGCGCCUGAAGCUGAACGCGAAGAAGAUGAACAGCCCAUGAUCUGCAUGAUAUGCGAAGACAAAGCAACAGGUUUACAUUACGGAAUUAUCACCUGUGAGGGAUGCAAAGGCUUCUUCAAGAGAACUGUACAGAAUAGACGCGUGUACACAUGCGUCGCUGAUGGAGGCUGUGAAAUCACAAAAGCGCAAAGAAAUCGAUGUCAAUACUGUCGUUUCAAGAAAUGUAUCGAACAAGGCAUGGUUUUACAAGCUGUGAGAGAAGACCGCAUGCCGGGAGGCCGAAAUAGCGGCGCAGUGUACAAUUUGUACAAAGUAAAAUAUAAGAAGCACAAAAAGGCAAAUAAAGCAGCGACAACAACAAGCCGGGCGUCGCCACCAGAAAAGCCUAAAGAGCCAAUGCCACCUCUCCCGCCACAUCUGGUCAACGGCACUAUUCUUAAGACUGCUCUCACCAAUCCUAGCGAGAUGUGUUGCGUUCAGGUUGUCCACCUAAGGGCUCGAUUAGAGAGCGCAGUAUCAUCCUCACGGGACCGCGCGGUGCCGCUGGAAAGGGCGCUGCACAUGAUCCGCGCCCUCAUCGACUGCGAUGCCAUGGAGGACAUCGCCACCGUGCGCCACCUGCCCGACCUCCUGCACGACACCUCAGAAAUAGGCGACAAGCUCUGCAAAAUUGGGGACUCCAUCGUACACAAGAUGGUCGCGUGGACGAAGAAACUCCCGUUUAUAAUGGAGAUUCCGAUGGAAAUACACUCCAAGCUGCUAAUGGAAAAGUGGCACGAGAUCUCUGUGCUGACGACGGCGGCGUUCCAGGCGAUGCACGGGAAGCACGCGCACGCGCCGCCCUCCUCGGAUCACGAGCACGACUUCAUACAAGAGGUGAACGCAAACCUGCGGACGCUACAGAACUGCCUGACCUCGCUGAUGGGGCGCCCUAUCACCUUGGAGCAGCUGCGACUGGACGUGGGGCUGGUGGUGGAGAAGAUGACCCAGAUCACCUGCGUCUUCCGCCGCAUACAACUCCGGAUGGAAGAGUACGUCUGCCUCAAAGUCUACAUAUUGUUGAACCAAGAAGUGGAAUUGGAAGGCAUUCAGGAGCGAUACGUGCAGGUUUUACGCAGCUAUCUGGAGCACGCAGCUCCCCACCAUCCCGGCAGAAUGCAGGAACUUUUUGCCAGGAUACCUGAGAUCCAAGCAGCGGCGAACCUCCUACUCGAGAGCAAGAUGUUCUAUGUGCCGUUUGUGUUAAACUCGGCAGAGAUCAGAUAGUACGUGUAGUCGCGCCGCGCGUCUUAUGUCACCACCUGUGUUCACUGCCCCGGCACAAGAGCUCGUACAAAUGUUCCUAGUCGCCCGCCAAGGGGCCCGGCCGCUCGGCUCGGCUCGGGGCCGCGGCCCGCCGCCAAGCCUCCGGCACGGGCAGCCCUCACCGCGCGAUAGUGAAUUCCCUGCGAGCACGGCUACAUUACAUACUCGCACCCACGAGUCCAUGUGUGUAACGAUGUUUAUUUUAGUUAGAGGAAUUAAAACGUCCCAAUUGACAGACUGAUUUUUAUUAAUAGUUCUUAUGUGAUAAGCGCCAGGGACUCGAAUGCGUGUUUUAUACCUACGUGGUAGUGUAUACUAAUUAGUGUAAAUUAGUUUAAUGUUAGUUAAUAUUUAAAACUGACAGACGGAUCGCAUAAUAUAUUACUUCUGUAAAUAUAGAGUAUUUUAUAGCAUAGGUAGAUUGUUAAGAUGUUGUUUUAGAUAGAUUUGUUUCUUGUACAUGGAAUAUUUCUGUUUUAAUUUGCAUUUUAUAUUGUGUAGGGGUACCUAACCACUUAACCAGUGUAAUGUAAAAAUGAGAAUUUUAUCUGUCUAAGACUUGUUGGUAAGUAAUGUUAUGUAAGUAGACUGUAAGUACGUACUCUCAGUGUUUACCAAGACUGCUUGUAUACAACUGUACUGUUUAUACACUAACAAACAUAAUGUUCUAUAGUCACAACUUAUGCAUUUUUAUUGCCAAUAUUUCGCAUCUAUAGACACGUUUCGUGCAUUAUAAUUUUAUCUAAUGUUUUCUCUUGUCCCUAUUCUGACUUAACUAAUUAAUUUAAGUGUCCGGUGUACAUUGUAGACGGUGUUUUAUUGUACUUGCUUAUUGCAUUUCUCUAAACGAAGUUAACUUCCCGUGUACCUAUUAUACAGGUGCUUUACACCUUCGUUUGUUACUGUGCUUAGACAAAUUCGAGCUCAAUUUCCAGUCACUAAUUGCGAUAAAUAAGUAUGAAGGUAAUAUACAUCAGCAUCAAAUAUCUCACUCGAGAUAUCCAUCCCACCCUAUGUUCGAAUUUACUUAUGCACUUAUACGUAAAUAUAUCGGUCUACUAAAUUGGUAGGUAGAUAUAGUUUCUUUAUGUCACUGAACCUAAAAUCACAGGAUAUACUUAGAAAAAAAUCAUUCCUUCAUAGUCAUUUAUUAGCAACGUAUAGAACUCUCAAUGCAAUGGUUCAUUCCCCGCAAAACUUUCUCAUCAUGGUCAUCUUCCGUUCAACUUCCUUUCCGACAACAUUGCCUCAUAGAACUUCCAUAUUUAUCCCGUACUCGUACAUUAUGUAUAUGUAUAAUAAAUAGGUAAAUGAAACUUAAUUGUAUAACAUUAAUAAUACUACUUUAAAUAAAUAGAAACAAAGAGACUUUCUUACCUUAACACUGUCAGUAUAUCACUGCCUUUCGUUUUUAAAACAUAUUUGCCGUUAUUGCUAUACAUAAGUCUCAGAUUUCUCGUUAAUGUUUUAGUAUAAUGGACGUUCCAGCAACGGUGAACAGUUACCAAUAGCUUUAGGAAGGCGACGUACGCCGAUUAUCUUAAGUAAUUACAACCAAAAAGUUCGUUAUAGGGACUUACAUAGAUUCUAGUUUAAAACGGUUAAGCGUUGUACCACACAUUAAUCGAUGUCUUGGCGAGCGUGUAGCAACUCUGUUACAAGAACGGCUUUCUAUAACGCUCUUAAUCUUAGUACAAGAACGAAUUUUUUGGCAAAAUAUUGCCGCUUUUGAAAAGGCAUCUCGUACCGUUCUACACAUACUUAAUAAGCCACGACAUAGUUAUUCCACGUAUAGCUUACGAUCUCGUCCCGGCAAUGAAGGCGGUAACUCAUAUCCAAUAAACACUUAUAAUUUGGAUUAUAAUUUUCUUCUAGGCCACUCUUGGGCCCUAGCUUAAGAGUAAUCCCAUCUCUAGCACUCCAACCUUUAGCUUGAACAUAUGGCAUUCGAUUCUUUCAAUGUUUUUGGACGAAAGUUUUGUGUUCAGAAUGAUAGAGGCAGCUUAGCAGAAAUGUGUGUUUCGGCUUAGACUUCAGUUGGCAAAAGUGGAAGUCUAUUCAUAUUACUAGAAGUUCAGCCGUGUUAACUAAAUCGAGCGACACACGACCGUUCCUCGUCAUGUUACCAUUAGAUAAGUGUUAGGUAUUAACGUGUUUUAUAUGUGUAUAAAUUUAAAAUUAGUGAAUACAACCAGUUACAAUACUGCCAUUAAAUGCCUAAAUAUAUAAUUACCUAGUUUCAAAAUAAUUUUGUUAUAGGUAACUAAUGUGUAUAUGAUUUAACUUAGUAAAACGGCGUUCGUGAAAUUAUAAGUUAAAUGUGAUAAUUAAACAGUGAUAGAGUAAAUAUUCGGGGUAAAGGGCGCCCCGUGCUCGAGCGGCAAAUCGUGGGGCACGCUAAGGCAACUACUUACCACCUAGGUCUACUGCUAACUCCGUAAUUAGAAAUUAGUCUAAUAUCAAUGUUUAGCUCUUGCAAUGUGCGAGUGACAAAAAGACAGAGAUACGAGUACCUAUUUCUAUUUCCGGAAGUUCGCGUUUAUAGCCCUCUAACUGAGCGGGUAUCUGCGGCCGGCUUUGCACACUUACGUCAGAAGGACUUUGAUAUCCGCACAUGUGUAGCUUGCUUUAGGGCCCUCAGUCCCGCCGUGGCGUAUCCUCGCCUGUAGGUACUUCAUGUCAAAUAUUCUCCUUAAUUGGGUAACUAUAUUUAUUUAUCUUAAUUGUAAAUUAGUUUUAUAAAACACCAUCUUAACGACGGUGUAACUCUAAAGUCUGAGGUAAAGAUGCCUUUAUAGAUUACAUGUUACGAGGAAAUCAUAAAAAAAACUAAUCACGAAUCGUGCGUCAUUCUACUAACUUGUAAAUGAUUAUAUGUAUGUAGAUAAUAUGGCACUUAUUUUGUUAGUAUCGUAGCGUAUAUUGUUAUUAAGGUGAAACUAACGGCGUUGUAUGAAAUGGAGAUUAGGACGGUAAGGAUGUUAUUGGCGUUGUACAAAGGAUAGUAUUGAUAGAAAUUAACGAUAAAAUUGGCGCAUUACUGGCGAGUACCUAAUUAGAAUAGUACACGAAGAGCCCCCUGAGGCUAACAUUUCUUGUGUAAAUAUAUACUAUUUUGACAUAAGACGGCCACAUGCUUUUCGAUGCUGUCCUGAUUAUUUGCUGGACUCUGUAAUAAGACUUAAUCGCCUAUUUCUUCUUUCAAACUCGUCUUCUUUUUUCAAAGCAAUCCAGGAUAUUAGAUUCAAAAAUAUAAUGAAAGUAAUGGAACGUAGAAUUUGCUCCUGGUUGGUGAUUUGAUUGCGUUUGAGUAAUUUGCAUCCGUACCAGUCGGCUCUUGAAUUAAAACUAAGUUCACUCCUGACCACAGACUAAUUAUGCGUUGUGGAAUGGAGUCGAUUUUAGAGGCUGCUGGAAGUUACGGUCAUAACGCCGCGCAGUUCGCGCCUGCCCGCGGCCCCGCGCUGGGGCGGCCGCCGUCCGUCCGAUGCGCUCACAAUCAAUUAUUAAUAGUUAAUCUAUGGUACAGUAAUGUAUUGUAAAGUACUUUAAGGCUGAGAUGUAAUGUGCGGUGAUGGCAUGACGCGAACGAGUGCCGCCGUAUUGUAAAGUACUUUAAGGCUGAGAUAUAAUGUGCGGUGGUGGCGUGACGCGACCGAGCGCCGCCGAGGGCGCGGGCGCCAACGGGUGGACCUAGUUAAUAUCGCGGAAAUAUUUUGACUGAUAUAAUAAUUUAAACGUAAUAAUGUUAAUAUAUUUAUAAGAAUGUAACAAAAAACUUAAUGCAUUUCACACUUUCUUUACAGUCCAUAAGAAAAAUUACAUGUAAGAUAUUGUGACGAAAUAUUUUCACAUUGAUAGUGUAAGGUUUGUUGUGUAAAAUAGCGUUUCGUGUAUUUCGGGUAAAAGAAGGGUUGAAAUUGUGUACAUUAGACAUUGUAUUAAAUAGUACUGAAAAAUGGUGUGUAAAUCAGUAACAGAAUAUAUAUAUUUGGAAACGUUGAAGAGUGAUUGUUGUACAUAUACAAUAUACAUAUAUAAAACUACAUGUCACUGAUGAAUAUUUGAAAUAAGUACAUACACAUUCAUAGACAUCUGUUCUAAAUGUUUUAUUCAGAUAACAAUAGGUAAUCGUGUUCUGUUAUGGUUAAGUGUCUAAAUAAAAACUAUAAACAAACACGUUUCGCUUGUCUGGUUCAUUCUACGAUUUUGUAUCUAUGUUUCCUCACUUUUCUGAAUCGAAGUAUUUUAGAGAUAUAAUAUGGUAUACAAGUAUGUUUAUCUGUACACGUGUCACGGUUCGCCCAUGGGGCCGCAGCGCAGUGGUCGCUCGGGCACGGCGGGCGGCAGUCCGCGACUCUAUCAGGCUUUUAGCCGCCUUGCCCGAGCAGGAGCUAUAUGCUGUUCUUUAUACAAUUUUAUAGUUGAUUGUGAACGGGUGUGCUGUUGUACUAUACUCUCGUAUUUAUUUGGGCUCGCUCAAUUUCAAGACUUAUCGCUUUCAGAACUAGCAUAUUAUACAUUGUUCGCUUUAAUUUAAGUAUUAUCAAUACGAUAGGGUUCUGUACUUGUAGUUGUCACUUAGUUGCUGAUCGCUCUCGUUCUCGUUGGUUCCGGCCGGGCCGGGCUGGCCACGGACUUCAAUAGACACAAAUCUGACGCUGCAAUGGAAUUUACAAGGAAAUUCUUAUUCUUUAAGAAUAUAAUAGAAUAAUUCAUUUAUUCAUGGCAAACUACAUUUCAUACAAACGUAUUACAAAAAAAGUAUAUUUAAAACAAAAAGUAUAUAAUUUACCAAGAAAUUGUCCCGCCUCAGCAUAAUGCUAACCCUUAAGUCAGCGCUGGUCUUCCGGCGAAACCAUUUGAUUUGUGGGCCACGAACGCAACCGGACCUACAACACGGCCUUAUCUAUCACCGAACGCGUCCACUUUGCGCUUUCUAUUCAGACUAACUUCAUAUAAAUAGCUACAGUGGACCAAAAAAGUCAACUCAAUUCUAAACUGAAAUAGUAAUUAUAAUGUAUAGUAGUAGUGUGACUACUUAUACUUAAAAAAAACAUCAAGAAAUAUUUCAUAUGAAAACCAUUUGAUUUGUUCCCUAGUUGAACUCAAUUCGUUUCGAUAUCUGGCUAUACUAUGCGUCAUAGUUUCAGUUGCAUAUCAAUUCUAUAAAAAAAGGAAACGUUAAAACUGUAGGUAUCGUAAGUAUUGACAGAUGGUUGCGAUGGUGCUAUAGUUGUCAUCGAAAUAUCUCAGUGCAGGGUUUAAUUCCUAAUAAAACAAAUGUGACAUUUUCAACCAAAAGGUACCACAUUGUCGCUUGUCAAUAAGGUUGAUUUCAAAUUGGAGCUAUAUGGAAAUAGCGCCUUAUGAUUGAGAAUGGCACAAAUAAUCAUUUUAUUGCUGGCGUGAGGACAGUAUUGAUUGAAGGACUUUAUAAUUAUAGUUAUGGAAUGCCCGCUGUUAGCUAUCUCGUGAUGUACGUGUGUCGCGUACGUGUCGCGUACGUGUCGCGCCCGGCCCAGCCCCAUGUGUAAUAUUGCACUCAGAAAGUCAUGUACUGCUCUAUAUUGUCUCGUUGUGUGGUGCGCCGGCUGAUAGUCAAAAGAUUGUAAUGGUUUGCCAAGAGAAGUUACCUACAAGUUGUGUUUAGUUAGCGAUGCAUAACGUGUUUGUACUUUAAUUUGUUUUUUAGUUUUACUCUUGGAAAUCAAUGGUUAAUAAAUUAAGAAAAUAAAAUGUAUGUGAAUUAUU